CGGGGGCGCUGAGCAGAGGAAGUCAGGAAACUGCCUGCUUUCCUGUCUGUGACAGCCGCGUCAAGGCAAAAGGCCGGGAGCUCUGCCCGCUGCAGUUGAACCUCUCACCACCGCAGACAUGUCGAAGAACACCGUCUCCGCCCGCUUCAGGCGAGUGGACGUGGACGAGUACGACGAGAACAAAUUCGUGGACGAGGAGGACGGAGGAGAAAACCAGAUCGGUCCCGAUGAGGCAGAGGUGGACUCUCUGAUCAGACAAGGAAACCUCAUGGAGGCUUUACAGGCAGUUCUGAAGAACCCACCAAUCAAUACAAAGAACCAGAACGUUAAGGAUCGCGCUGAGGGUCUAGUGCUGAAGGUGCUCAGUGCCUUUAAAAGCAGCGACAUUGAGAAAGGGGUGCAGUCCCUGGAUAAGAACGGCGUAGACCUGCUGAUGAAAUACAUUUACAAAGGGUUUGAGAGGCCGUCGGAAAACAGCAGUGCAGUGUUGCUUCAGUGGCACGAAAAGGCUCUUGCUGCUGGAGGAGUGGGCAGCAUCGUCAGAGUACUAACGGCGAGGAAGACGGUCUAAAAGCAAAGCAGUGGAAGAAUCCACUUCACAUCACUGACACACUGCACUGUUCACGUACCAGAUGGCUUACCAACGAGACGCCGAUUUGUUCAAGGCGAGAUGAAACUGGAGCGUAAGUUCAGGGUCGCGAUGAGUUAACAUCAGAUUCCAUGGUCUUGUCCUUUUCAUGAACACAGCUCGCACCACACUCCUCCCAGGGUGCUACACUUAACCUCCCGUCCGUAUGUGCGUGCUGAUUCUCUGAUCUGCUAACCACCACCCCAACCUCGCCUGCGUCACACCUGUAAAUGUGUUCAGCGUGUGACCAACUGGGAAGAGAUAAAUUAUUCAUCUUUCAUGCAACCUUUGCUCCUCUUCUGAAUGUUUUUUUUAACCCAUCAAAAUCAGGAGACUUGAUUCAAAUGUUAGAUCUGCUUCCUAUGCACUCAUACAGUGUUAGAAUACACCAGCGACUAAUUGUAAUUAAUCCUGGAUUUACUUCUACAUUAACACUAGAGGAUUAACACCCCCCCCCCCCAUCCCUUGACAUAUUUGUUUCCCAUCACCAUCAUGCUACAUGACAGUUUAAUGGAAGCAGUAAAUCCUCUCAGCAGGCCUCUCCUGAAAGGCACAGUCACAGAUGGAGGGUGGCGAGUUUGACCACAAGGGUCGGCACGCACCUUGGGAAUGUGAGGAGGAUUAUUACCCACCAUGCAUCUCCAUAACCGCCCCCUUUUUUAAUCCCACUUUGCCGCGCCUGACAUGUACACGCUCCCUCUGCUACUGAACAGGGCAUUAUGUGACAUUGUUGGUACUGUUUUUUGUUUUUAGGAGCUGCGUUUUUCUGUCCUUUCAGGAAAUCCUACCAUCACAUGUGUAGGCACACAUUUCUUUUAAUUUAAAAAAACCCCAAAACAUCCAGUUAAAAAUGUUUUUUGUUUGAAAUAACUGUCAAAGGCCAAAUUUGACCCAAACCCUGCUUAGUGUUUAUAUGACACUAUUUGUCAGUAAGAUGCAUAUCUUCCUAAAGAGAGAAAAUUAAUUGGAAAAAAUAUAUUGAUGUUUUGCACAAACCCUUUUUCUUUAUUGAGCUUUUCUUACUGUUUUUUUUUUUACUAAACAUUUUGUUUAAAUUCAUGCUGUAGGUUUGUAAGUUUUUUAUUUUCCGAACUGAGCGUAAAGACUCCCUUAUCGUACAAAUCAACUCGGUUUAUUUAACAUCAAAACUACUGGAAAUGUCUGUUUGUCUGCGUCUAAUAAGCAGAUUAAAUCUGUUGCCAAAUGAUUUUUUUCUUUUUCAGUUAUGUAGCCAUUAUCGGUGACUUAUUUUCAAUGCGUGCUAGAGAGGACACAACAGGUUUAGCACUGUGUAAAGGAACAUCACAGCAAAGAGGUUGUGAAAUAUAAAGCAGCCUCCACUUUGCUUUUCAUCAAAUCCAGAAAUGUAUUUUUGUUUUUUUGUUUCCUGGAUGAAGCAAAAGCUUCUGGUGGAACACAACACCGAUCGUCACUUUGACUGUUUUCACUCACAGCUUGGUCAUUCAGACGUCAGUGAUGAUGCUUCCAGACCAUAGAUAUCUUUUUCUAAUGCAGUAUUGAAGUUUUGUGUGAAGACAGAGAGGUGCGGCGACGGCGGCCUCUCUGCUGCAUGGAAUUCUAGCUGAAGGUGAAAAGAUGCAGGAGCAAACCAGACUGAUGUACAAACUGCCUUAUUCUACAAUUUCUUUUUUUAUGUUUGUGCUUUUUGGAAAAAAUAAUAAAUGGUAAAAAUGC